CACUUUUAUCCUCUGUCAAUAUGCUUGUUUCCCUCUAAGCUUCUUAUCUAGAACAGAACAAUGUUUGGGAAAAAGCUAUAACUUCUCUUUUCUCUCGUUCGUUCUUUUUUCAGCCAUUUUGAGGAGAGGGUCAAGAGCAAUCCUCCAGGCCCUUCUCCGUCACACUUUGGUAAAUUGAACGCUACGCAACAAUAUUAUUUCCAAUUAUUUUUUUUUACAAUAUCUAAUUCAACCAGCAGACAAAUUUCCUAAUAGAGAUCAAGCAUGGCGGGAAAUAAUCGUAAGAGGAAUUUCACGAUUAUUGGUGUAUGUUCAUUAAUCUUGGUGGCUAUGGUAGUCGCAGUAGUAGUAACCGUGAAUUGGAAGGACAAGAAGGCUACUGAAGAAGAUGUCAUGUCUUCGAAAAAAGCUAUUGAAACCGUAUGCCAGACAACACAUUAUCAACAUACAUGUGUUGAGAGCCUCGAGUCCUCGGCUGAUGGCUCCUCAGAUGCCAAAGACCUUAUCCAAAAGUCAUUUCAGGUGACAAUUAAGAAAAUUAAGGAAGCAAUUGAGAAUUCAACAGUCAUGCAAAAGAUUGAGAAGGAUCCAAGAGCAAAAAUGGCCCUGGAAAACUGUGAGAAGCUAGCGUACCAAGCCGUUAAUGAUCUCAAUAGAACACACAUCAAAUUCGAAAGUUUUGAAUUCAAUGAUCUAAGUCAUUGGAUUGCUGAUUUGAAGAUUUGGUUAAGUGGUGCCAUUACAUAUCAAGAAACUUGUUUGGAUGGCUUUGAGAAAACCACUGGAGAGACAGAGGAGAAAAUGAAAAAGGCAUUGAAUUCUUCCAUGGAGCUAACUAGCAAUGCCCUUUCAAUGAUCACCGAGAUUUCAAAUGUUUUCACAAGCUUAAACGCUGGCUCCAAUCGUCGUCGUCUCCUUUUUGAUGAUACCCCCGUUUUGGGUCAUGGAAUUGAGUUGUUGCCUGAUUGGAUCGACAUGGGAAGGCGCAGACUUCUUGCUGUUAACAUUUCUAAGGAAAUCAAACCCGAUAUGGUUGUUGCUAAGGAUGGAUCAGGCAAAUACAAGACUAUUAAUGAGGCUCUCAAAAACAUCCCAAAGAAUAGAAACCAGACUUUUGUUCUGUACAUCAAACAGGGUGUUUACACUGAGAAAGUGGAGAUUGAUAGCACCAUGACGAACUUGAUGGUCAUUGGAGAUGGUCCAACAAAGACAAGAAUCACCGGAAACCUAAACUUCAAAGAUGGCAUUCCCACCUAUCAAACUGCAACUGUUGCUAUAAUGGGAGAUUAUUUCACUGCUAAGGACAUUGGUUUCGAGAACUCUGCUGGUCCAGAAAAACACCAGGCCAUAGCUUUGAGAGUGGCAGCAGAUAAAUCAAUCUUUUUCAAUUGCCAUGUGGAUGGCUACCAAGACACGCUCUGUGUCCACACCUAUCGACAAUUUUAUCGGGAUUGUACUAUCAGAGGUACCAUCGACUUUGUUUUUGGUGAUGCUGCUGCUGUGUUCCAGAACUGCACUUUAGCAGUACGAAAGCCUUUAAAAGAGCAACACUGCAUUGUCACGGCACAAGGAAGGACAGACGCGCGCCAGCCAACUGGACUUGUCCUUCAAAACUGCAGCAUUGUGGCUGAUGAUUCUUAUAAUGAGGUCAAAGGGGAAAUCAAGACAUAUCUUGGUCGUCCAUGGAAACAGUAUUCGAGAACUAUUAUAAUGGAAUCUACCAUUGAUGAUUUGAUUCAGCCAGAAGGAUGGUUGGAAUGGAAUAGCACAUUCGCUUUCGAGACACUAUUCUAUACUGAAUUCAACAAUAAAGGGCCUGGAUCAUCCAAAAAAGAGCGUGUAAAUUGGCAAGGUGUUAAGGAACUUCCUAUUAAUCGCGUUCAACGAUUUACAGCAUCACAAUUCCUCGAUGGCGAUGCGUGGAUACCAGCUACUGGUACCCCUUAUACCGCUGGAUUUUUCUUACCGCCACCAAAAUAUGAUGCUUCUGUUGAAUUCUCCCCUGUGGAUGACGAAGAACUCAAAGACAUUGGAAGCGGUAAAGGCAAAUCUUCUUAUGAAUCUAGAGCGGAUUCAGCUGCAGCUCCUGCAGAAUCUCCAACAGAAUCUUCUGCAGAUGCUCCGUCUACAGAAUCUCCGCCAGAAUCUUCCGCAGAAUCUCCAGAAUCUUCUCCGCCGUCAGAAACUCCAGUGGAAUCUCCGACAGAAUCUCCAGCAGCAGAUACAGAUGAAUAUUCGACGGCAGCACAAGCACCAAGCUCAGCGGAAUCUCCGAACGGACAAAUUUGGCUUAAUGCUAGUGGGAGUGACGGUAGCUCCUAAACAA